UCUCAACAGAAGGAAACACGAGACAACUUUAGUGCCCUGGUUUAUGUGCCCUGCUCCUCCUCCACCGCCGCCUCCUCUUCUUUCUCCUUCCUCCCGCCGAGCCCGCAGUUGCAGCUUGUUUGCACUGGGGCUUAUCCGGAGCGGAAAUUCCUUUCCGUUUUUGUGAAUGACAAACUCAUUAACAAUUCAUCAACACAACCUGUUCCAGCCGGCCCGUCCCCACGGCAACAGCCCCUUCCGCAGCGCGCUCAUUGGCUGGCCGAGAGAAUGUAUCCAUUGAGACGCUAGCUGUUUGUAUCCAUUGAGGAGCUGCCUGGCACAGGGGGUGUGCUCUCGCGGAGUCCUAGGGACUGCGAGCAAACCCAGUCUUGAAUAAUCCGGCGAGAAACACGGGGUUGGAUCUGAGGUGCAGCCUCAGAGGGAAGGAUUAGGAGCUGCUAGACUUUUUUCUUUUUUCCUUUUUCUCCUCUCAGUGGCACGGAGUCCGAAUUAAUUGGAUUUCAUUCACUGGGUAGGAACAAAACUGGGCACUUUCAUUCAGAGAGAUUCAUUGACUCUGAGAGUGAUCUGGUGCAGAGGGACCACCGGCUUGGCUUCGGUCGCCUUCCCUAACCGCUAGCUUCGGCUUGGGAAAGGCGAGGCAGAAUCAAACCCGGCUCCGAGAGCCGGAGCUUCUCACGGCGUGCUUGGCCUAUGCCUGCCUCGAGGGGCGUCUGCUAGGCACCCCGCCUUCUCCUGCAGCUCGACCCCCAUGAUAGAUACGCUCAGACCCGUGCCCUUCGCGUCGGAAAUGGCGAUCAGCAAGACGGUGGCGUGGCUCAACGAGCAGCUGGAGCUGGGCAACGAACAGCUGCUGCUGAUGGACUGCCGACCGCAGGAGCUGUACGAGUCGUCGCACAUCGAAUCUGCCAUCAACGUGGCCAUCCCCGGCAUCAUGCUCCGGCGUCUGCAGAAGGGCAACCUGCCCGUGCGCGCGCUAUUCACGCGCUGCGAGGACCGGGACCGCUUUACCAGGCGCUGCGGCACCGACACCGUGGUGCUCUACGACGAGAACAGCAGCGACUGGAAUGAGAACACAGGCGGAGAGUCGGUCCUCGGGCUGCUGCUCAAGAAACUCAAAGACGAGGGCUGCCGGGCGUUCUACCUUGAAGGUGGCUUCAGUAAGUUCCAGGCCGAGUUCGCCCUGCACUGCGAGACCAAUCUAGACGGCUCGUGCAGCAGCAGCUCCCCGCCCUUGCCAGUGCUGGGACUCGGGGGCCUGAGGAUCAGCUCCGACUCUUCCUCGGACAUUGAGUCUGACCUUGACCGAGACCCCAAUAGUGCAACGGACUCCGAUGGCAGCCCGCUGUCCAACAGCCAGCCUUCCUUCCCGGUGGAGAUUUUGCCCUUCCUUUACCUGGGCUGUGCCAAGGACUCGACUAACUUGGACGUGUUGGAAGAGUUUGGCAUCAAGUACAUCUUGAACGUCACCCCCAAUCUGCCCAAUCUGUUUGAGAAUGCAGGGGAGUUCAAGUACAAGCAAAUUCCUAUCUCCGAUCACUGGAGCCAAAACCUGUCCCAGUUUUUCCCUGAGGCCAUUUCUUUCAUAGAUGAAGCCCGAGGCAAAAACUGUGGUGUCCUGGUGCAUUGCUUGGCGGGCAUCAGCCGCUCCGUCACGGUGACAGUGGCUUACCUUAUGCAGAAGCUCAACUUGUCCAUGAACGAUGCCUAUGACAUUGUCAAAAUGAAGAAGUCCAACAUCUCUCCCAACUUCAACUUCAUGGGCCAGCUGCUUGACUUUGAAAGGACCCUGGGACUCAGCAGCCCCUGUGACAAUCGUGUCCCCGCACAGCAGCUCUACUUCACUGCGCCCUCCAACCAGAAUGUCUACCAAGUGGACUCCCUGCAAUCUACGUGAGAGGCACCCACCUUUCCUAGCCGGGAGUGUCUCAUUCCUUCAGUUUCUCUUGGGCAGCAUCGACCAGGCUGCUUUCUUUGUGUGUGGCCCCAGGUGUCAAAAAUGUCACCAGCUGUCUGUAUUAGACAAGGUUGCCAAGUGCAAAAUUGGUUAUUACGGAGGGAGAGAUUUGCUCCAUUCAUUGUUUCUUGGAAGGACAGGAUAUGCUGUCUAGAUCCAGGCAAUAGGUUUGCUUCCGUACCCCAGCCUACCCAAGCAGGGACUGGACCUCCAUCCAGAUAGAGGGUAGGACAAAGGAGCCGGGGGUAGGAGCAUGUGUUCUUUAGGGCCUCAUAUGGCUGUUUCCUGUUGCAUCUGGAACUAACUAUAUAUUGUCUUCAGUGAAGACUGAUUCAACUUUGCGUAUAGUGGAGCCAAAGAGAUUUUAGCUCUGUAUUUGUGGUAUCGGUUUAGAAAACAAAAGAACUGAUCCUUUGAUUUGAUUAUUGUAAAUAUUUGAUCUUCACUUGACAGUGUUUGUUUGGCUUGUGUUUGGUUUUUAAUCUUUGGGUUUAAACGAGAUCCAAAGGGAGAAAGAGCAGUAUGCCACUUCUUAGAACAAAAAAAAAAAAAAAAAAAAAAAAAAUGGUUCUUUUCUAAUCCAAAGGGUAUAUUUGCAGCAUGCUUGACCUUACUGUACCAAUUCUGAUUUUCACGGAUAUUAUGAUCACUAAGACUUUGUUAUGAUGAGGUCUUCAGUCUCUUUCAUAUAUCUUCCUUGUAACUUUAUUUUUUCUCUUAAUGUAGUUUUGACUCUGCCUUACCUUUGUAAAUAUUUGGCUUAUGUUGUCUCAAGGGGUAUUUUGGAAAGACACCAAAAUUGUGGAUUCACUUUUUUUUUUUUUUUUUUAAAAUAACUUCAGCUGUGCUUAAACAGCCUAUUACCUCUGUACAAAAUUCUUCAGGGAGUGUCACCUCAAAUGCAAUACGUUGGGUUGGUUUCUUUCCUUUUAAAAAAAAAAAUAUACGAAACUGGAAGUGUGUGUAUGUAUGUGUGUGAGCAUGCUCGCCCAUUCGACGGGUGGGAUGCGACAGGUUGUGAGGAAGGGAGAGUUCACUUGCUCCAUGAUGUUCGUGGUGUAAAGUUUUGAGCUGGAAUUUAUUAUAAGAAUGUAAAACCUUAAAUUAUUAAUAAAUAACUAUUUUGGCUAUUGA